AUGACUCUUGCAAUCGAUUCACGAGACACCUGCCGCGACUUCGGUGACUACCAAGCCGCCGUCUCGCCCUGGGACUCCUUUUUCCUAGGUGCCCCUUUUGACAGCAACAACACAUCUGCUCCAGGUUUUCAAGACUGGUCCAGCCUACUGGACAGCUCAGGGAACCUCCGGAAACCGAGCACACAGAACGCAGAUAGCAUUCUCGACCCGCCAGAGGAUUUGAGCUUUAGCUUCGACGCUGGCAACGACUUCACUGAGAGUCUCAAGUUCGGCACUCUCUUGACGACACGCGACACACCGCAUGUUGACCCGCAGGACGAGAAGCUUCACCCGCCGGAUGCUUCUGGCCUUCCAGACAGCGUUCACGCCACUCGGAAGAGACGCCGAGAAGAAAGAGACCAACCAGUCCCCAACGACGACUCCAAUGGUGACGAUGAAUCAACAUCGAGCAAAUCCAUCAAACGGCGCAGAAAACCGUCAAGGACGACAGCGAGCCCGCCCGCAACCUCGCCCGCCGAGUCCAGCGGGUCCUUCAAGACCGCAAACAGCCCGCACCAUCGUGAAAGGAACCGCGUCGCCGCGCACAAGUGCCGGCAGAAAGCCAAGAAGAGCGUCUCCGUGCUCCAGGAGCGCGAGAGGCAGCUGCAUCAGCAGAAUCAGAUGCUCGUCGAGAAUCUGGGUUGCCUCCGGGAUGAGAUCCUGAGUCCGAAGAACGAGAUAUUGAGGCAUUCCGAUUGCGACAGCGAGCUUAUCCAGAACUAUAUCGCCAAGGCUGCGCGCAAUUUGCGGUAA